CGUGAAUUAGCUGUUCAUUGUCAUCGUUUUUCCACGAUUCGGAUUGGUUCUUGAAAUACGACCAUUCAUGUCGACGAGCGGUGCGCAACGACGAGAAGAAAUGUCUAAUAUUAUAUCCUGGGUGUGAACAAGUAUAAUCUAUAGCAUGUGAAUCCAUGAGGAAAUGACCGACGACGAAUAUAUGAACAAAACGAACGAGAGCAAUUAUCCUGAAGAAGAAAGACGAAAAAUAAAUAAUUAUAUGGAAAGGACCGAGUCAUAAUUCAUACAAACAUCGUAGGAGGAAUGCACAAAGGAUCGUAACACGAUACAUUGAGUGUAUGGAGAAAUGUGGGCAGGAAAUAUUGCGAGUGAAAAUUGUGAGCGAAGCGGAACAGUUAUAUCCUUGGAAACACUUGUAGCAAUAAUAAUUAUGGACCCCGAUAAGCGGAUCAAGUAAUCGUCGUCGCAGCAGAGACGGAGUACGAGGACAUUAUGCACGAACGUUGAACGAACCCGUGUCACGAACGGUUGGAAGAACGUGGUGAUGCAGCAGGGCAGGGGCAGGAAUGAGAAAUCCGAAAGGAGUGGGGAAAAGAGCUGCAGUUUCAUUGGAAACAUUGGAACGCCACUUCAAACUGAACCAAUCUCCACAGCGAUCGUGGAACGCGACGAUAUGAAAGCGUAGUAGCAGGAGUAACGCAGGAGAAGAGGGGUUGCAGACUCAACAACGGUUGAACUAUUAUAGUAUAAUUUGAUGGAAAAUAUGAGCGAGAAUGUUGAGCUUAUUCGACAACGGAAUGAAACGAGGAUUGAGACUUACGCCGGCCAGGAGGACUGCGAACGAAGAGGACAACAAAUGGAGAUGCGAAGAGAAAGUGAUAAAAAUGAGAACAAUGAUGAUCGAAAUAACGACGACGAUACGAGUUGAAUCGUACGACCGAAACGAGCGGUCUGCUGUACGAAAACGUGGUUUAUUCGGUCGAAACUUUGUCUGGAUUGAGACAUACGACGGAUUGAGUAUUCGGAAAAAUCGGACGAUUGGGAAAGUCUAUGAAUACAUGGAGAGGAAACUGACAGAAACGAGAACAACGCGGAAAAACAUAACGACGACGACGAUGAUGACGACGGCGGAAUUUCAGUCGUAUAAAAGUUUCAUUAUUUCGAUAACAGCUUAUUCGGUGGGAGAAAGGCUCGGAUUCGGGUAUACGACAUCGAAGACAACUGAUGGAAUGAAAAAAAAACUAACCAAGAGAUGUAGAAUAUAAGAAAACAGGGCAAAACGUUGACAUUUGUUUUAUAUAAAAUUGCGUUAACAAAUAUGUCGAACUUUCGACGUUGAAAGUCUAUUCCACAAUUUUUUGAGUCAUCGGAGGGAAAAUUUAAUCCACUUAAAGUAAUGCAUCGUGUGAAACAACGACGGGCUUCGAAUAAACACUUACGAGUUCAGGACGAAAUUUAGUUUGACAAUCGAAAAUAGCGAAAAAAUUUAAUAUAUUAUAAAAAAGCAAAGCGAUUACAUUUUCUUGUAUUAUACAAUUACGUUUGACAAAACUGAAACUUUCAACGUUGAAAAGUCGUUGUACGUAAAAUCAUAUUAACAUGGAAUAAUGUAUUUAGUGUUUACAAUGGCGUCCUCCUUUAAUGAAUCAAGUUGAAAAAGACGCUUCAAAGUUCGGCACAAAGGUUUGUCGUUAUAGUCGAUUAAGAAAAACAUUACCAAAGUUAUCACCUUCCGCGCAACCCUCGAAAACUAUGUUUUUCACGAUCGGCUAUAAGACGAACCGGGGUGCUUAAAUUUAUUACAUGCAGGUUUACAGCAUGUAAUGCAAAAACAACUUGAUUCAUUAAAGAAAAUGCGCUAUUAUAGAUUUAAAUUUAUUAUUACUUUUUUAAUUGUAAAAAUAAAUGUUAUGAUGUUAUCUGCAACACAGAAAUAU